AAUAAACAAACCAGUAUGGAGGCUGUUGACGUAGAGGAAGAUCUGGUCCUAGCGAGCGUAUUCAAAGAUUAUUUGCAAGAUUCCUACCAAGACAACUCAGAGUUUUUGGUUUACUUGUCUGAACUGAGUUCUUAUGGCAUUGCCAAAUUAAAUUCAGAACCACAGAGAUUAGCCGAAGAGAAAGCUCAAAUACUCGAAGAGACCAGAAGUUUAGCUUUCCAUAACUACAAAACGUUCAUACAAACUGCAGAAUGCUGCAAAGAAAUAUUUCAAGAUUUCCAGAUCAUAGAGAAGCAUGUUGGGUCGAUGCUGCAGAGGCUGCCUGGCCUCCUGACAUCCUGUGCAACCUUCUUAAAGCAGGCACAGGACAUCAAUUCAAGUCGCAAGAUGAACAACCUCACGCUGACCAAGUACUCACAGCUGCUCGAGUUCCUCGAACUUCCACAACUUGUCGACACGUGUGUGAGAAAUGAAUACUACGAAGAAACCUUAGAACUGGCUGAAUAUGUUAAGAGGCUCGAAAAGAAGCAUUCCAACAUUCCUAUUGUACAGAAAAUAGUGGAAGAGGUGAAGCUGAACAUGCAGCAGAUGUUGAAGCAGCUGUUGCAGCAGCUGCGGUCCAACAUUCAACUGCCCGCCUGCCUCCGGAUUCUCGGAUACCUCAGGAGGAUGAACAUAUUCACUGAGACACAACUGAGGAUCAAGUUUCUACAGACCAGAGACUCCUGGCUUCAAAGUGUUCUAAAUGCCAUUCCUAAAGAUGAUGCCUACCAUCACAUCAGCAAAACCAUCGAAGCAAGCAGGGUGCACCUGUUCGACAUCAUCACGCAGUACAGAGCAAUAUUUCCUGACGAUGAUGCACUCUACUCAUCGUCAUCAUUUCUAAAGGAGCAUCAUCAUAAUCAUCCUCUGCAGAACGUGGUUGGCAGACAAGUCAAUGAUACCUUCCUAUUCCACAGCUGGGUCCUGCAGAAGAUAUCCAACUUCUUAUUCGUGUUGGAGAAUGAUUUGAAGAGAGGUGGCUGUGGAGGCAGUGGUGGUGGUAGUAGUGGUAGUUUAGUGAAUCGAUUGGAUUCCUUGUUGGCGCAGUGCAUGUACUUUGGUCUGUCGUUCAGUCGGGUGGGCAUCGACUUCCGAGGGCUGGUGGUGCCGGUUUUUGAGAAGGCCUCCUUCCGACUAUUUGAGGAUGCAGUCAAGGCUGCUAACAAUGGAUUGCACACCUUCAUUCAAUCAUACUCCUUGCUGGGAAGUCAGCCAUCCUCAACAACGAGUACCUUUCACCAAAUGCCCUCCUCGUUCACGGGCGGCACUUCACUGAGCCUCCAUCUACCACCUCGUCUGCUGCAACACCCGCCACUUGCCACCUUCACCAACGACAUCCUGGCUGCCUUCAAUGAUUUGAGACUCUGUGCCCCCUACACCUUGCUGUGUCCUGUUACUGACCGUCUCAACGGAGCUAUGGUCAGAGCCGUUCAAGACCUCCUGGCCUUCCACAAGAUGGACGAGACGACGUUCACGAAGCAAGAAAUGGAUCGAUUUGUUGAUAUGUGCUGCUGUUUCGUCGAUGAUCUUCUGCCGCACAUCAACAGAUGCCUGCAACAUUUGUUUCCACCAGCUCAAAUCCAGGCCUUGCUAGGAAUCAAUCUGGCUGAUAAUCUUGCUGUUGAGGCUGGGUUGGGUGAGUUGGAUGCUGAUAAGAUCGCAGAACCGUUGAAGAACUUUUUGCCUCAGCCUCAAAUUAUUCUACCGACCGUGCUUCCAUCUCCAGAUGAUGCAUCAACUACAAUUACAAAUGCAUCAUCGACAAUAUCAACAUCAACAGUAACAACACCCGCAAUCACAUCAACUAUCACUACAUCAAUAUCGACAACAUUAACGAACACUACACCGGCAUCAACAACACCAGGACCAUUUGACACAUCAACCACUCCAAGCGUAGACAUUCUGUUGGCACCACAAUCAACAUUAACACAAACAACUCCUGCAAAUGCCAUUGUAGUAGCAACAACAGCUUCUUCAUCAAUAGCAGCUUCCUCAAUAACAGCUUCUUCAUCAAUAGUGGCUGUAACAGCAACUGCAGAUCCCGCAACCAAUUCAACAGCCUCCACGACAAAAAGUGAUAAAUUAACGUUGGCUGAUAAAAGAGGAAUUGUUGACAGGACGUUCAGGGCUUGCACUGAAAAUAAUGAAAACAUCAGCAACAACCAUGACGACAACUACGACGGUCAGAAUGAGACAAGUAGUGUAAGGAAUGAAGAUGAUGUAAUGCUGUUGGAAGGCCUUGUCAGCACUAAACAGUGUGAUGAUAAUAAUUAUAAUAAUAAAAAUGAUAAUAUUAAUAAUAAUAAUAAUAAUAAUGAAAAAAAGGAUGACGUUCAUCUUGCAGUUAGAGCUGAUGACGUAGAUGUUGGAGUUGACGUUAACGGCAAAAAAAGCACAGACGCGAGUGAUGUUGAAAAUUAUUAGCUUGAAUUAUUUUUCAUUUUAGGAAUUUUCUAUUGGGUACAUUUCAAUUGUUUAUAUUCUUGGGCUUUAUUAUAAAUUUUAUUUUUAACACGAUGUAAAAAUUUAUUUAUUAAAAAAUCUAAAAA